AUGACUUCGAACCUGGCUCAGUGUCAGGUUCUGGUGCGCAAAGCUGUGGCAUCUGGUGCUAAAGCAUUGUUCCUCCCAGAGGCAUCAGACUACAUUGCCUCUUCGCCAGCAGAAAGCAUAUCGCUUGUACGAUCCGUGCAGGACAGCGUAUUUGUGCAGGGACUCCAGCGUGAAGCCCGGCAGGCAAGCCUGCAUAUCAACGUUGGCAUCCAUGAACCGGCGCCGAACGGCAAAGUCAAGAAUACUCUGAUCUGGAUUGAUGAUAAGGGUAUGAUUACUCAACGCUACCAAAAGAUUCAUCUCUUCGAUGUCGAGAUCAAAGAUGGGCCGGUCCUCAAGGAGAGCGCGAGCGUUGAAAAGGGUAUGGAAAUUCUGCCGCCAUUCGACAGCCCUCUAGGACGUGUUGGUCUCUCUAUUUGCUUCGACCUGCGCUUCCCUGAAAUCAGUCUGGCAUUAAAGCGUCAGAAUGCGCAGAUCAUCACGUAUCCAUCGGCUUUCACGGUUCCAACGGGACAGGCUCAUUGGGAAACAUUGCUCCGAGCAAGAGCUAUCGAGACGCAGGCGUAUGUGGUGGCUGCGGCUCAGGCUGGUCCUCACAAUGAAAAGCGGAGAAGCUAUGGCCAUUCAAUGAUUGUUAAUCCAUGGGGAGAGAUCGUGGCGAAACUUGGAGACGAAUAUCGAGAACCAGCAAUCGCUACCGCAGAGAUUGACCUCAAUCUCUUGGAGAAGAGGUAUAGCACCUGA